CCUUCACCUGCAUCGGGACUGUAGUAACACCCAAAUCUAGCCAUGGCUUCUCCUGUCCUCCCAUUUUCAACCCAAACCACCAUCUCCAAUCCCUCCAUUGAAACUUCCUUCUUUCCGAAAACAUCUCAAUAUUCCUUGAAUAAGAAGAUCACAAAGCCUGACUGCUCUAACCCAAACAGACUAGUGUCCUGCAAAGCCACCAACGAUGGGAACAAAGGAGACUCUUCUCCCAACAGGUUUGAUAGAAGGGAUCUCCUAAUUGGGUUAGGAGGUCUCUACGGUGCAACCAACCUUUCCAAUGAUCCAUUUGCAUUAGCAGCUCCUAUUGCCGCUCCUGAUCUAACCCUUGGCGGUGAUGCAAUACUUUCUUAUAAAACGAAUAGGACUAAAGAUCGAAAGUUUGCCAAGAAAGGCGGAAGGGGUCAUGGUCAUGCUAUGGCGGCCGAGACAAAGAACAAAAACGUUAUACGCAGCGUCUUCCCGAUUGUUUUAGACAAAAUAGUGACGAUUGAGAUUCCAAGGCCAAAGAAAUCAAGGAGCAAGCUUGAGAAAGAUGAAGAAGAAGAAGUAUUGAAGCUAGAAAACAUUCAAUUAGACACAGAUACUCCGGUGAAAUUUGAUAUUUACAUUAACGACGAGGAUGAUGAGGCACCUAGUGGACCAGAAAAUUCAGAGUUUGCAGGGAGCUUUACCAAUCUGCCCCAUAACCAUAAGCAUGCGAAGAAGUUGGAUACAAGUUUUUCUUUGGCAAUAUCAGAUUUGUUGGAGGAUUUGGAUGUUGAAGGUGAUGAUAACAUCGUGGUGACUUUAGUGCCUAGAGAAGGGAAGGGUCGUGUUUCGGUCGGCAACAUCAAGAUUGACUAUAUCCGAGAAUGAUCGGUUCGUUGCUUCCUUAUCUACAUUAGGGAAAUGUUUUCCUUGAUCCUUAGUGCUUCUUGAGAUCGAUCCGAUCGGUCACCUGUUCUCUUGUUUUGUUUUUGUGAAAGGAUUCUGGGCAAGUUGAUUGGUGAUCCAGACUUCGCCAUGCCAUUUUGGAAUUGGGAUGCCCUUACGGGCAUGCCUAAACCUGCCAUAUAUGUAAACCCUUGAGUCUCCACUCUACAAUGACAAGCGUAAUGCUAGCCAUCGGCCACCAUCUUGAUUACAGUGGCACUGUAAUAAAGAGAUAACAGAUAAAGAGCAAGAAAUAGUUAAUCUCAAGGCCAUGUACAGACAGAUUGACCGUAUUCUAGAGAGAUCAGUUUGUUUCUUCUUUCCUUGCUUCCGUAUCUACUUUAGGGAAAUGUUUUCCUUUGACCCUUGUGUUCUUCAGAUCGAUCUAAUCGAUCACUUGUUCCCUUGUUUUAUAUAUCAAUAUGUUUCCAUGUAUAAAUAAUGCCAUUAAGUCUACGACCAUAGAACCUUAUAUGGCAUGUUCUCAAUAAGGAGACUUGUUUAGAUUUUA